AUGUCUCCACCAGCUGCUCAAGGCCAACUACCAACAAAGUCCAAGAAGGAAAAGGAACGAGAAAGACGAGAAAAGGCUGCUCAACAACAGAGCAAUGAACGCCUGAAGACUGUCGUACGGCGCUUACCACCGAACCUGCCUGAGGACAUCUUCUGGCAAACCGUGAAACCAUGGGUGACUGAAGAAACAGCUACCUGGAAAGUCUACUAUCCUGGAAAGUUUAAGAAGAGGGACAACAAGGAGAAUAUCCCCUCUCGGGCGUAUAUCGCGUUCAAGAACGAGGAACUACUAGCUACAUUCAGUCGGGAAUUCGACGGUCAUCUAUUCAAGGACAAAGCUGGAAACGAAUCGUAUGCAAUCGUCGAGUUUGCGCCCUAUCAGAAAGUCCCUUCUGAGAAGCGUAAACCAGACACGAAGAAUGCUACCAUUGAGAAAGAUGACGACUACAUCUCGUUUAUCGAAUCCCUCAAUGCAGCAACCAACACAGAGCCUGUAACAAUCGACGCACUCCUCGCGGCCACUCGUCCCCCGUCGCCUCCCAAGACCACACCGCUUCUCGAAGCGCUCAAGGCUGAAAAGUCGGCCCAGAAGGACAAGGAAGCGAUCCUGCGCAACCAUGCCCACUACAAGGACCAAGCGAAUCUUGCGGCGGUGACGGGUGUUACGACAAGCUCCUCUCGUAAGGAGGAGAAGAAGAAAGCACAGGCUGCCGCUAUCCAGGCUGCCCAAGCCCAAGCUGCAAAACAGGUCGUGGCAAGUGCUGGCGGUGGGACACCCGCCACGCCUUCUAAGAAGGGCAAGAAGGGACGGGAGGCUAAGGAAGCCGCACCGGCUCAGAAGGGUUCUGCACCCGGUAAAGCAGCCAAUGGCCCUGCGGAGGGUAAGGCAGCGAAGCCCGCUCCAUCCGCCAAACAGUCUCGCCAACAGAAGGCCGCUGCAAAGGCCGCAGAAGCAGCAGCUUCUAACGCAGCCCACACCCCUCAGGUUACCAUCGCGCAGCCGCCCAAACCACAAACUGCAGCGAACGCCGCCCCCGCUGCCACUCCAGCCGCGAGCGGAUCUUCAAGUUCGACCGCGCAGACUGGUGGCGAUGCCGCUCCCACCCCAGCUCCUGCCAGGCGUCCCAGAGCUGUCCUUGGAGGAAGGCACUUUGAGGCUGCACUUGCUGGCGUUGGCGCACGACCCAAACGCGAGAGGGAUACCGGCGCCGCUGCGUCUACUGCAACAGCCCCUACCAAUGCCACCAACGGCGCUGCCCCUCCUCCUGCUGCUCCACCGGCUCCUGUACCUUCGUCUCCAGUCAAAGAGAAAGUGGGUGGAACUAGCAACAACCCCACCGCGUCGCCUCCCCGUUCACGGAACCGACGAGGUGGAGGUCCCGCUCAACAGCAAUCUACUUCCCCCACGGCCACUAAACUACCUGCGAUUUUGCAGCGCGAUGCCCCAGCGACCCAGGCGCCCCCGCUCCUGGCCCGUCCGAGAGAGGAGGACGAGGAGGAAGGGGGAGAAGUAGGGGGCGGGGUGGUCCCAGAGGAGGGGCGCGCGGUGGAUGAUCCUGGAGGAGGGAUCCACCAAGAGCAAGAGAAGUUUCUUUCAAGAUGGUAUCAGUCCCCGACGAAGCUUGAGGAAUCGAGUCUUGACAGCAUGUCAUUCCUCGAUCCUCAUUGCAAAGGCCCUCAGCCAGUCUUUGGGUGGCUCGCCACGGUCGUCAUCAUGGACCAUCGCUGGCCCUCCUACCCGCCGCAUUCCGACUUCGCGUGUACCCCGUUACUACCUACGAAUCCGCCAUCAUCCCCCCUUCCUUAUUGAGGACGACCUACUGUACUUACUGCCAAUCGAUUGGGAGAAGAAGAGAGAAGACUACAAGACUAUUCCGACGUUCGAUAUUUCAAACCGAAGGGAGUUUGUUGUUGAUCUGAAUUAUGACUGCCCCUAUUAGUAUGUCAAGCCAAAUACAUGCGUACACAGAAGUCUAAAUACAUAUGUUAUGUUCGUUGUCUGCGGUGCCAUCUCUCUACCCCCUCUAGGAGUAUGUAUAAAUAAGAAAUAUAUACGGUAUGACUUAGUCUCCGCUUCCCCUGACGGUGCGCAACAUUUCAGGCCCACAUUGUCCCCCACAUUAUCAGCAUCCACAUUAUCCGCCAACUACUCGUACAACAACUGGACUAUCACACAAACAUCAACUACCCCCGCUACAACAACCCAGUCGCAAAUCCACAAAAACCACAACCAGUACUAGUACUCCUCGAAAUCUGAAAGCGAAGCAUACUCCGACACACUCUGAUCAUCCUCGUACUCCUUGAUAACCUCCCUCAUCGCAUACCUCAUAAUCGGCGAAACAGGCAUAAUCUUCGGUCCGAUAACCUCUUCCUCCUCCAACUCCUCAUCCCCGUAAUCAUCUUCAUCGACCAUAUCAUCAUGAUAACCCCGCGGUGGAGGAGGGCCGUAAUGGAUCGGAUGAGGCAUAGGCAUAGAGCUCGUAGCAGUAGCAGUUGGGAGCAUAGUCGACGUCCCCACCGUCGGCGUG